AGUUAGCUAGUGGAGAUGUCGGCAAUGAGAAAGGAAGCGCUGCUAGUUGCCGCAAUCGAUGAGCUUUUUUCAAGUUCGUCUGACAGCGAAGACGACAUGCUGAUCGACCUCAUCCAAAAACAAUGCGGUGAAGAGCGGCCGAAAGUGGACAGGUUCGUUGAACGGGUCGUCAGGCGCCUCGACGACACCGGAUUCCGGAAGCAUUUCCGGGUAAGCAGGAGCGUCUGCUACCGGCUGAUUGCGGAUUACGAAAACUCCAGUUUUUAUCCAAAGCAUCAUGGAGGCCCACAUCCGCAGAAAUCGGCUGAAGAGCACGUUCUUUCGUUUCUUUGGUUUGCAGGAAACAAAACUACCGAGCGAGCCGUCGCCGUCAUGUUUGGAAUGGCGGAGAGCACUGUGAAUGGAAUCAUCGAACGUGUGGCAGGCUACUUGGACAGCAUCAGCGCGGAUGUGAUGCGCUUCCCAGACACACCUGAAAAAAAAAGAGCAGCCAGCGCCAAGUUCGAAGAAAUUUCAGGUUUUCCAAAUGUCUUGGGAUGUAUUGACGGAACAUACAUAGAAACGAGGUGCUCAGCCGGGAAGAUUGCCUCAACAUAUACAAACAGGCACGACAAGAAGUCAUACGGCGUUCAGGCAAUUUGCACUGCUGAUCGCAAGUUUGUGGAUGUGUUCCUUGGCCCCACAGGCAAGAUGCACGACGCUGAGACAUUCAAGCGCAGUUUCGCUUUAGAUAAACUGCCAGGAGUUUGUGAAGGCAAGUAUCAUCUGCUUGGUGAUGCCGCCUAUCCACUCCGAGAAUAUCUCCUGACACCAUUCAGGGACUAUGGUUCGCUGACCCCUGAAUGUGUACAAUAUAACUUGCGCUUGAGCCAAACACGUGUACGCAUUGAAAAUGCUUUUGGCCUGCUGAAAGGACGUUUCAGGCAACUUUUGUACUUGGAAUUCUGGACGGUAAAGAAGGCCACAUUGUUCAUUCUUGCAUGCUGCGUACUCCACAACAUGUGCAUUGAAGGAGGGGACAAUGGCCUUGACUAUGAGGAUGUGGGUACCACAAAUGCCAGCAGGCCAAACCCGAUUGAAAUGCUAACCUUUGUAGACUCAAAAACAGAAAAAGUGCUGAAGCAACUAGGAGAAAAAAAACGGAAGCAAAUUGUACGGUACCUUCAGACCAUUCAGUGAGCCAUGACUAUUUACUACUGAAUCUGGCUGUUCAUCUAUUUUUACGGUUUAGCUUCAUAAUGGCUUUCAUACCUCUUUCCUGGCCAUAAGAAAAAUAAGGGUUCACUGCAGGGUUCACAUUAUUUUCUAGUGACAAUUUUACAUUAUUGAUAUUAGCAUGCAGCACGAGAAUAAUGCAGGCAAUUGAAUGUAAUAUUUCAUUACUUUAUGGUGACUUUUCGUUGUGGUGACAGUAGUCCUGCUUAGAUAACAAAUGAAUGAAAGAAGCUGUCAAAACAGAUAUUUAGAGCAUUUAAGGACUUUUAUCACUUUCAAAGAUAUUGUGCCGGCAGGUUUUUGUAAGUAGUAGGCUACGACAAAAUGUCUGCUUGGAAUUACCAUGUAGAAUAACACAGAAGUGUAGGAGGUAAGAGAGAGUGUACACUGCAUUUUAAUGUUCGGUGCACCUGCUGCUGUUGACCAAGCAUGGCUGAGAGAGGGGACACCUGUACGCUGCAUUUCCAUGCAUCAGUGCCAAGAGUCUCAUGCUUAUGUGCUGCACUUUCAUGUUCUCUUUCUGGUAAGCCACAAUUCGUAAGAUACCCUUACCAUGCCUUGUUCUAACAGCUUGUUUUGUACAAGUGAUCCACAAAUAAAUAUUUUUUACCUUGCCUAGGUUCUCUGUCGUCUGUCUUGAGCCAG